AUGUCUUUCCAGCCUCCCGCUCAGCACGAGCAGUUCCAGCACAUUCUCCGUCUCCUUAACACCAACGUUAAGGGUACUGGCAAGGCCAUGUACGCCCUCACCGAGAUCCGUGGUGUCGGUCGCCGUUACGCCAACCUUGUUUGGUGGAACGGAGAGGAUAUGAAGAGGACUACGGAAUUGCGCGAAUACGACGUGGGAAGGCUAGAUGUGGACAUCGUGAUGCGCUGGAUCGACGCGAGGAUUUUCUGCAAGAAGGCCGACAUUGACAUGAGCAAGCGUGCUGGUGAGCUCAACUCCGACGAGCUUGAGCGCAUCGUCACCAUCAUGCAGAACCCCACCCAGUUCAAGAUCCCCACCUGGUUCCUCAACCGUCAGCGUGACCUCACCGACGGCAAGGACUCGCACGUCCUUUCCAACCAGAUCGACCAGAAGCUCCGUGACGACCUUGAGCGCCUCAAGAAGAUCCGCUCGCACCGUGGUCUCCGUCACCACUGGGGUCUCCGUGUCCGUGGUCAGCACACCAAGACCACCGGUCGUCGUGUUGGUGCCCGCACCAUCGCCACCAAGGGCAAGAAGUAA